AUGGUAAAGCUGCAGCAGCCAUGGGUAUUCUUCAGCAUCUUCAUGCUCCUGCAAACAACGCUCUUCCAUUUGUCUUAUGCUGAUGUCGGCACUGCUAGCCAUUACAGCAACCCCGGUGUAGCCACCGCCUGCUUCGGGAAUGAUGUCUCCCAGUUUCCUACUAGCAACUUGUUUGCAGCAGCGGGAGACGGAAUAUGGGACAACGGUGCUUCCUGUGGGCGGCAAUACUUGGUAAGGUGCAUCAGUGCGGCUACCCCUGGAACUUGCAAUCCUAGUGAAACCAUUCAAAUAAGGAUAGUUGAUCGAGCGGAUACAUCAGUGUCUCGGCCUUCCACCAACGGUGCUACAAUAGUUCUUUCCACCACUGCAUUUGGGGCCAUUGCAAAUCCCUCUGCUGCAUCCGUUAACAUUGAAUUCCAACAGUAA